CCCACAUGUAUAUGUGUGGUACUGUUAGUGGUAUUUUAUUUCUGUAGGAUUUUGUUUUGUUAUUUAAUGUUCCCAGCAAUUUAGUUAUAUUUUCAUUUUGAGUUUUCUUGUCAUACCAGAAACCGCCAGCAGGUGGCUUGUGAGUUACACUCUGGUUUAGACAGCAGGAAACUAUUAGAAGAAGAAGAAAACCGUAGCUGGCUGUAGCACGUUGUGCGAAUUACCGCAUGCUAUAAGAUAAAUUCUUGAUUAAUUCCGGUAACGGUUAAGAGAAAAGAAGAUCCGUGACCUGAUCCCUGGCAGUAAAACACAUUUUUACUGUGAUUUUCUCUGGUUGGUUUUUUUUAGAACCCCAUUCAACUUUGAAGACUGUCCAGCUGCAUAGCAUCGCAGGCCUGGAUUGGAUUGCUGAGCUCCAGGUUUCAACCCAAGACCUGGGACUGCUGGAUCCGCUGCCUACUUUGCACUGGAUAAGAUAAGAUUUUGGAUCCAAAGAAACACAUGGCCAUUUAACAAAGACUUGAUUGACUGACUUAAAUUACUGAACUAAGAAAACAAAACUUCCAAAGGACGAACUGAAUUAUAAGGAAUCUGAACCAAAAGAAAAUACACUGCCUGAUAAAAAAGGUGGACACUUUAUGUUGGAACAAAAAAAAAACUGUACCGUAAUAUUCUGUUUCAAGUUGUAUUAAAUAAUCUGUUCAUUCUUGAUAAUAUGGUUGUUUGUGCUUAUUAUCCUCCUUUUUGAACUUAGAAAGAUAGACUAACUGUAACUUCAACAUUGAAAUCUAAGUUUCUCAACUUAUCUAUUCGUAAGUUACACUAGUUGGUUACAUAAGUGGCGAGCCAGCCAGGAGGAUUUUAGGCUAUAAACAACCAAUAUAAAUAAUUGAUUAGUGAUCAGUGUGUUAUUUGAUCAUACUGAUCAAAUAACAGUGUGAUCAAAUAUUGUCUGAUAAUAACCAGACAAAAUAUGGCUUCUGUUGCUGACAUUGGUAGCGAGCAUGGUGUAAAUGACAGAAAAUCAAUCCUUUUGAAGGGCAUACUUGAUGAUGACACAGAUGAAGACAUUGUAGAGGCUGUAUCAUUAUAUGGUAGUGUCAGUAAAAUAGUGAGACUCAAAGACUUUCAAGUGAUUGUUGAGUUUGACUCAGAAGAGUCGCUAAAGCUCAUCAGUUUCCCCUCUGUGAUACAGUCUCCUAAGAACCCAGUCUCAAAAUGGUGUUUGGACAGAGUUGAGGUUUUAACUACUCCCACACAAUCACAGUCAGCCAUUGAUGAAAACCCUGAAGCCACAUGUUCCUUUAAAACUGUGCAGAAUGAACGGGGUAGCUCAGAUAGUACUGAAAGUGAAUCAGACAGCAGUGGAUCAUCUGUUAUAUUCAGUCCUCAAAAAUCACAACCUCCACCCAGUAAGCCAUUAAAAUCUGUCUCCAAAUCACAAGGUGGAACAGAGAAGCUUAAGAGGACAAGAAAGGGACAGGCAGUACGACCAAAGGAGCAAGCCAAGGGCACUGCCACAACCCUAGACUCUGACAUACUAAACCCACCAGAUGUGCAACGAAUAAUAGUGGAGCAUGUCAUUAAGAGUGAAGCUAUGACAGCUCCAGGCUCCAAGAGACUGCGUUCCUUCUCAGGCAGAGUUCCUAAACCGCCUGGUGAAGUGGAUUUUGAAACAUGGUGUUUACAUGUUGAACUUAUGUUUCAGGAUGGCUAUACAAUGGAUGUGCAGCGACGACUGAUUCUGGAGAGCUUACUGUCGCCCGCAGCAGACAUUGUAAAACAACUAGGCUCUCAGUCACCUCCUCAAGACUAUGUAAAACUCCUCCAGUCAGCCUAUGGCCUUGUUGACGACGGGGAGGAGAUCUUUGCCAGGUUCCUCAGUACUCAUCAGGACGCAGGUGAGAAAGCAUCUGAAUACAUUCAGAGACUGCAGACACUUCUCAGCACUGCGAUCAGACGGGGUGGUGUAAGUGAGGCCAAUGCUAAUAGACAACUUUACAAACAGUUUGUGCGUGGUUGCUGGGACCAGACUUUACUGUUGACCCUGCAACAGAAACUGAGAAACGAUCCUGCCCCAAAUUUUUCAGAGCUGCUUCUUGAAUUAAGAACUGAAGAAGAAAGAAGAUCUCUAAAAGUAGACAGAAUGCAACGUCACCUUGGAGGGUUUAAAGCAAAACCUCUUGCCCAGUUUCAUGGCAUUCCAGAUCCCACCCCCACAACUAAUCAAGACACAGAUUUAAUGCAGAAAUAUAUAACAGAGACUGAGAAUUUAAGGAAACAAGUGGCUGAACUUAAACUACAGCUAACUGAAAAAAGAGCCCAAAGACGAAAGAAACACGAACAGAAACAUGCCAGUGCUUCAGAACCUCAACCACCACAUUUUACAGAACUGCAAGCACAUCAACCUGUACACAGAUCAGCUCCAAAAGCGUGGUUUUGUUUUAAAUGUGGUGAAAAUAACCACAUUGCCCGAGAGUGCAUCAAUGCUCCAAACAAAGACCUUGUUGAUAAAAAGAACAAAGAAUUAAAGACGAAACAGCAAGAGUGGCAAGCUAAAUAUGCCCCAGCUUUAAACUGGACAGGGUUUCAGUAGGGGGACGCACUGAGACCUUACCAGAGUUUAGUCCC